AUGGGAAGAGGGAAGAUUGUGAUUCGUAGAAUUGAUAAUUCUGCAAGCAGGCAAGUGACUUUUUCGAAGCGAAGAAAGGGAUUGAUUAAGAAGGCAAAAGAACUAGCAAUUCUUUGUGAUGCAGAAAUUGGACUUGCGAUAUUUUCUAGCUCUGGCAAGCUGUAUGAAUUUGCAAGCUCCAGUGCCAUGAGGAUGGCCUCGUAUUCGACUACGUUAUUUGUUGCUUGGAACAUUAGCUUUGCUGCUCAGAAUGUUAGCUUUGUUGCGUACUUCAACUUUGCUUUGUGUGAUCCUUCUAGUAUUACUCCUAUUCCUGCAUCGGAAGAGCUUGAUGCUCUAUCAUACCACAUGUUCCAUUGUUUCUUAAGUUUAUCUUCUCUUUUGGGAACUGGAGUUAGCUCAACCAUAAAAUCUACGAGUACCUGUGCUUUCAGUGCUGUCUUCGACACGUAUCUGAUGUCGUAUGCUCCUAGGAUAACUAACCAUGCCGCUAAUUGUUUGAAUGCCUCUGGUUUGUGUAAGAUCUUCUGUAGUGGGUAA